CCGCCGUCGCCGUGUAGUCAACCAGCAGCCAAACACAUUGCCAUCGCCGGCCGGUGUCUUCAGCUUGCUCCCAGUCCCAGUACGUACGUUCAAAGCCAUGGCGGACGGCGACCAGAACCAGCAGCCGCCGCGCUACUGGUUCCCCUACUGGAGCGGGCCGCCGCCCCCGGUGCGCCCGCAGAUGUCGCGCCGCCUCUCCCCGCCCGCAGCGCCGUCCUCGCCAGCACUGCCGUCCUCGCCCGCAGUGCCGUCCUCGCCGCGCCGCCCGUCGCCCUCCCACCCCCGCCAACCCACUCCUCCUCGUGCGGCUCAGAGCCAGGCGUCCUCCCGCCCGUCCCCGUCCCGGGCCUCGCCGCUCGCGCCCAUCCGAGAGCCGCCCAACAGCAACUCCAACGCCGGUGCUACUGCCAGGCCGCCUCCAAAGCCCAAGCACAAGGACGUGGAGGUCGUCCCGCAGCCGGAGAAAGCCGCCGUGCACCCGACUGCCGCUGCGGCUGAGACCAAGCACGGCAAGGCCGCCCAACACCACCACAAGGAGAAGGAGGCCGACAAGGAGAAGAAGGACGAGCACAAGAGCAAGGACAAGAAGAACCACGCCGGUGAGGACAGCAAGCACAAGGAUAAAGAGAAGAAGCACCAUGCCGACGCCGGCGAUGAGGACAGCAAGCACAAGGAGAAGGAGAAGGAGAAAGACAAGGAGAAGAAGCACCAUGCUGACGGCGGCGAGGAGGGCAAGCACAAGGGGAAGGAGCACGGGAAGCUGCACGGCGAGCUCAAGGCCGACAUGGUGCGCAGGGCCACCGGCUCCGGGCACGGGCACCCGGGGGCGAGCGCGAUCACGCUGGCGGGGGAGAACAAGGGCGCGUCCAUGAAGGUGGGCGGCAAGAGCAAGGACGGCUCAUGGAAGGAGCACCAGGGCGGGCACCGGCUGGACGGGAAGCCGGUGGACGGCGAGAAGAAGCAGGGGAUGAUGAGGGCGCUGAUCAACAGCAACGUGCAGGUGAUCAACAACUCGCUGCUGCUGCACAGCUCCUGCAGCGGCGGCGACCCAGGCGUGCACCUCAACCUCUCCGCCAAGUCCUCCGCCAGGAAAGACAAGCAGAAGCACGCGGCCGGAGCCGACAAGAGCGACAAAGCUGCUGCUGCAAAGAAAUGAGCGCCGUCGCCGACUCGCCGGCCACUGGAAACGGCGGUAGAUACUCAGUCGAGGAUGUAACUAUAUGCAAAUAAAUAAGAGCAAUCCUACACGCACGGGCUAACAACGGGGUGCCUUAACACUAAUUAACCUCUCCCCCCUGAUUUUCUCUUUCUAACCCCAAUCAAACUAUGCCAGCCCGUAAACCCUGUAAAAUUCUGCCCGUGUGCAUCGCCGGAAAAUUUAUUAUCCUCGGCCUGAAAGCUCUCCUAAAAAUACUCUUUUUUUUAGAAAAUCCUAAAAAUACUCAAUCCGAUGAUGUGUCAUGUACUAACAUGAAACGGGCCUCUUAUUUGGUGCCGGCCGACCAAUGAAUAUACGCUUCAUUGCUGGCCCAA